AUGGAAAUCGCCCAGACACUCGUCCGCGCCGUCAUGCGCGCCUUCUACAGCACCCAGGAAAUAUUGGUGGUCGAGGCGCUGGUGACGCAUUCCGCCCUCCGCGAUGACGAACUCGCCUACCUCAUGAAGAUGAACCUAAAAGACCUACACCGGCUUUGCGCCUCUCUACGAGACGCCCGGUUCCUGACCGUACACACGCGACCCGAGUCCCAGGAUGGCAAGACGCGCGCGGUCAACCGGACGCACUAUUACAUCGAUUACCGCCAGACCAUCGACGCCAUCAAGUGGCGCGUGUACAAGUCCGACAAGGACAUGCAGGGCAGCGUGCAACCGGCGGACGAGUCCAAAGAGUACUCGUGCCCCCGCUGCAAAGCCCAGUGGACGCAACUGGACGUGCUGGACUCGGUAUCGGCCGACGGGCGGUUCACGUGCCGGCGGUGCGGGGCCUUCCUAGAGCGAUCCCAAGAAAAAGAAGCCCCCGGCCACCAACAGCUCUCACGCAUGAACAACCAAUUCAAGUUCAUGACCGACAUGCUGCAGCAGGUCGACCGCGUCGUCGUUCCCGAGUGCGACUUCGACAAGGCCAUGCUUACCAAGCGGCCCAUCGUGCGCGCCGCGACCCACGAGGUGCUCCCCAGCGUGCCCGUCGACAUGGCGGGCAUGGGCAAACCGUCAGCCGUCAAGGGCCUCGCCAACGUCGGCCCGCGCGCCAUGCAGGUCACCAUCUCGGACAACAACGAGCAGGAGCGCAACGAGGAGCGCAUCCGCAAGGAGCGCCUGAUUAAGGAGAACGCAUUACCUUCCUGGAUGAUCGAGAGCUCCGUGCCGACCAACGGCAUCAGCAGCAGUAGCAACGGGCCGACUUCGGCGGUGGCGUCGUUCGAGGCCGACCCGCAGGACACCGACAUGAUGCCGGUCAAGCGCGUCAAGCUGGAGACGGGCGACAUGACUGACGGCGGGAGUGGCAUCAAGAUGGAGGAUGAGGAGGAAUCAGAUUUUGAAUUUGAGGAUGUUGUCUGA